AUGUCGACCCCCCACCCGGAGUCCACUGAGGACUUCGAGUUCAUCCAGACCCCGGAGGCCCCCCAGCAGUCCAAGCCCGCCUUCGAUUGCGGUGUUCCGACCACGCUGUACCCGGCUAUUAAGAAUGCCCCCGUGCCCGCCGACUCGCCUGGCAGCGACAGCUUCUCCAAUGGCUUGAUGAUCUUCCUGGUGAUCGUGGUGCCCUGGUACCUGGCCCGCCAGGUCGGCGGUGGCUUCUACACCACCAUCUUCUUUGCCAUCUUCACCACCAUCCCCACCGAGAAGGCCAAGUACUGCGGCCGUCCCGUUGAGCACUACCUGCAAUUCCACAGCGAGCAUGAUCGUGCCACCUACCGUGGCAAGAGCAAGAUCCCCAUGGAGGUCUUCUACGAGAAGUACUUUAACGGCGAGGUUGACUUCAAGGGUGACGCUCUGGAGGCUCUGGAGUACCGCCACGACUGGGCCAACUUCAAGUUCACCAUGGGUCUAUUCAAGCACUUCCUGUUCGGCUUCAUCCCUGAGAUGCUGAUGCACACUCGUUCCCAGGACGAGGAGCAGGUCCGUGACCACUAUGACCGCGGUGACGACUUCUACGCUUGGUUCCUCGGCCCCCGCAUGAUCUACACUUCCGGUAUCAUUAGUGACAUCAACAAGGAGGAGACCCUGGAGGAGCUGCAGGACAACAAGCUGGCCGUCGUCUGCGAGAAGAUAAACAUCCAGCCCGGAGACAAGAUGCUCGACCUUGGCUGCGGCUGGGGAACUCUCGCCAAGUACGCCUCUGCCCACUACGGUGCUCAUGUUACUGGUAUCACUCUUGGCCGCAACCAGACUGCCUGGGGUAACAACGGUCUCCGCAAGGCUGGCAUUGAGGAGUCUCAGAGCCGCAUUGUGUGCACCGACUACCGUGACGCUCCCCGCGUUGAGGGUGGCUACCAGAAGAUUACCUGCCUCGAGAUGGCCGAGCACGUUGGUGUCCGCCACUUCUCCUCUUUCCUCUCUCAGGUUUACGACAUGCUUGAGGAUGAUGGUGUUUUCUUCCUGCAGAUCGCCGGUCUUCGCAAGUCCUGGCAGUACGAGGACCUCAUCUGGGGUCUGUUCAUGAACAAGUACGUCUUCCCCGGUGCCGAUGCCUCUACUCCUCUCGGCUUCGUUGUGGACCGCCUUGAGGGCGCCGGCUUCGAGGUCAAGGCCGUCGAUACCAUUGGUGUCCACUACUCUGCCACUCUGUGGCGCUGGUACCGGAACUGGAUGGGCAACCGUGACAAGGUUGAGGCCAAGUACGGCAAGAGAUGGUUCCGCAUCUGGGAGUACUUCCUUGCCUCGUCCACCAUCACCUCUCGCCAGGGUGGUGCCACCUGCUGGCAGCUCACUCUCGUCAAGAACAUCAACUCAACCCACCGUGUCGAUGGCAUCAAGACGCAGUUCGGUCUCACUGCUGCCCGCGAGGCCGCUAUCGAGCGUGCCAACGGCACUCUCCCCAAGGCCCACAUCAUCAAGAAGGACCUGUAA